AUGGCACCGGAACGUCGCACCAAUGUUACAGUGAGUUUUUUUUUAAACUCUUUCUUCUUCGACCGUGGUGAAGAGAUUUUUAGUAUCUAUAGCUUGGUUUACUUGAAAUGGAAUGAUCCUCGGAUCAAAUGGGACCCUAAAGACUAUGGUGACAUCAAUAGUUUGCAAGUUUCUACAUCGAGUUUCUGGAAUCCAAUGGGUAACUUCCAAAAUUCGAAAAGUGCCUAUGAGUUCGAUUAUAUAUGGACUAAAACUUGCGAUGUAUUUUUUAGUGGUCAUAUUAAAUGUAAUCCAAGUACAGUGUAUGAAACUAUAUGUAUAUCAAAGCUACGCGAUUGGCCAUACGACACUCAGUCCUGUCGUUUCGAGUUUAAGUACAAGGGAAACACACAAUUGCCAAGAGCAGUAUUUAUGUUUGGACCAGGAAGUGGUAUCUUGAUGAUUGGGCCUGAGUAUGGGGGCACUUGGCAUAUUGUGGAUUACAAGCAGGGAGAUGAAAACGAGGUGCUAUUUUUUGAGUUAACCGUCGAAAGACAAGCAAUGGGACUAGGGGCCAUGUUAACAGCACCAGCAAUCACACUAAUGCUGCUAACCAUAUCAUCGAUGUUACUUGACAUUCGUGGAUCGACGCGACUGCUAUUAUCCUGUCUCAGUUUGCUUUCUCACUUCAUUUUCUUGGAAGUAAUAAAUUACAGUAUGCCCCAGCUUAAUCGGGAGACGCCAACAAUUUUGAUAUAUAUUCGAACAUCGCUAGUUCUAACGGUGUUUACGGUUAUGUUGUCUUUCAUAUUGAAUAAUAUGUCUAAGAGUAGUAAAGCACCACCUGCUUGGAUUUCUGGUAUAAAUACAUGGGUGCAAAGUACUCCAAUUACCUAUGUCAUACAAUCAUCUCUACCAGCAGAGACCGUCAGCGAGAGCCUUACAAAAAUUCACUAUAACGAAUGGAUGGAUUUCAUAAACCUCGUUAAUAAUUUAGUUACUGUUAUAGUAGCUAUAUUAUAUUUAACGUUUUACGUAAUGUAUAUUCCAAGUCCGCCAUCACUUGUUUAA